UCAAAAAGAGAAUUGAGCCUUUGAGGAUUUGCUAGGAAGUUCUUGACAGAGGGAACGCCACUAGAUGAAUCACGUUGUUCCUUUUGGGAGAAGAUGAAAACUUUCUUUGUGGCUAUUUUGGCUACCAGUUAUUUCUCAUAUAUUUUUGGUAACGGGCCACACAAGGACAUUCCAUGCGGUUACUAUCAAAAGAAGACCAUACAACAAAAAUCUAUAUGCUCCAUAAGAGUCAGCCCACUAUGCGCUUCUAAUAAUGUUACGUAUUCUAAUUCCUGCGUGUACUGCUUCGCUAACAUAGCUUUGAAACACACUUUGAAAAUUCAAUACAGUGGAAAAUGCAGAACGACUAAAAAAUCUCAGAAUAAGACCUGAUUUUCCUUCAUUCGUCAGGACUGAACCCAUUUGAAUUAAACGUCGUCUUUCUUUCAAAAAGUGGAAUUCAUUACAUCACUUUAUUUUUUAAAAAAUCAAUAAAUCUUAUGCUAUGGAAAGCCCCUCUUUAACUCAAGAUAUAUUUAAUGAGA